AUGUUGUUGCAUAUACUUGAGUAUAUCUAUUUUCCGAAAACAACAGAUCCAGAAUUAUCGACUGUUUUCAAACCACACGAUGGUAAAUAUCCAUGUUAUCGACAACCAGCUCUAUUGACCACUAAUGCACAAAGAACUCAUCUGCUCGUCUUUGCUGAAGGUCGAUUUGUUACAAGUUGCGCACCACCUUUCGAAAAUCCAUCGGAUGGGCGUAGUAAAACGAAUGAAGAUGGUGGCUUAGAGAUGCGUCGUUCAGAAGAUAGCGGUGUUACUUGGCUUCCAGCACAGACAGUAUUUUCAGGAAAUAUUGAUUUCUAUACUGUAGUUUGGGAUAGUAGAACGAACACAGUCUAUUUAAUGUUGCAAACAACAACACCAGUUCUGAUCUUUACCUCAACGGAUGAGGGUGUCACAUGGUCGAAACCAAUCCCAUUGGCAGUAUAUCCUCCUCCACCGUUCAGUAAGGCAAUAAAACCUGCUGUUGGACAUGGCAUUGAAGUUAUAGAUAAUCUAUGUAGCAAUAGCAAUUGUUCUGACGCAGGCACAUUAUUAAUGCCAUUUGUUUGUGCUAAUGGAUCAAGUCAUCCAGGCGAUAACGGCUCAUGUCCUAGCUGCUACGCGUGUGUAUUGAAAAGUGACUUACCAAAAGCAAACCAGAAUCGAACAUGGACUUUUUCUGGUAUUGCUCAACAGUAUACUCGCGAAUCGCAACUCGUACAAACCAUAAGUACAGAUAGUGGUUUAUCACAUAUCUAUUUAAACGGGAGAAACUUUUCACCGAUGCCUGGUCAUCGAUUUUUUGCACGUUCUACCGAUGGUGCAAAUCAAUUCACCAAGUUCGGUAUUGAUUCGUCACUCAUAGAACCAGUAACACGAUCGUGGACGGGUGUUGUGUGUUCUGUUUCACGAAUAUCAACCAUACCUAGUCGUAUUGUUUUUAGUGGUCCAGAUAAUUCUACCGUACGAUCGAAUUUUACACUUCGACUGUCAUACGAUGAGGGAUAUACAUGGCCUGUGUCACGUGUCUUGUUUUCAGGAUUGAGUUCAUACUCUGAUACUGCGGUUCUUGGAAAUGGAGAUUAUAUUGCAGUAGUUUUAGAAAAUGGCGAAGAGACAUUUGCCGAUCGAAUUUCUGUUGCUAUUGUUCCUGUUUCUUGGAUCGAGAGAAAAAGUACGAGAACUAUUUCAUAA